AUGCGCCGCCGCCCGCCGGCCGGCACGCCGGCGCUCGCGGAGCGCGCGGCGGCGGCCGACCGCUUCAUGGGGCCGGCGCGGCGGCGGCUGGAGCGGGCCAUGCGGCGCGCGUACCGGGAGGGUGGGGAGGAGGCGCUGGGCCGCCUGGUGCGGUGCAACAAGGACGGCUCCAAGAAGGACUUUGCGGGGGAGACGUGGCGCAAACACCUCGACUCGGAGGGCGGUCGACUGACUGACCCUGUGCUGCGGGAGGCUAAGGAGGUCGCGCGGCGGCUGGACGGCCAGUCAGUGUUCACCUGGAUCGGGCAGGUCCUGCAGGCUGAGCUGGCAGACUCGGAAGCGGACGACAGCCGGGGCGCGCUGCGCGACCACCGGCCGCUGCUGUGCAACGCUGACGACUUCCUGCGGAUGGUGGCUGUCCCCAGGGAGAGGGGCGCCAACUUCCGCAGUGUGGACGGCGUGGUGACGCACCCGGACGGCACCUGCUGCAGCGGCUCCUGGCACGCCCCCAAGAAGGUGCACCGCGGCGCCAAGCUUGAGGACGGCCUCUGCCCCGGCGGUGGCUGCGUGCACAAGCCCGGCGACGAUGCCGGCGCCCCCGACGGCGGCGGCGACGAUGACGAGGACGCUGACGAGGACGGCGGCGGCGGGGGCAAAGGCGGGGGCAGGGGCCGGGGCAAGGCCGCGGCGUCCGGCUCAAAGGGCGGCGGGGCGGCGGGCUCUGCGGCGUCGAAGGCGGGGGCCAAGUCCGGGCCCAAGACGCACGAGAGGGUGGAUAAUUACGGUUCAGAGGACAAGGGCGCCUGGCGCGGCACGGCCAUGGAUGGCUGCGACGCCAAGACGGUCUGGCUGCCGACCGGGGACCUGGCCUGCCCCAGGUGGUGCAUCACCUACAAGAAGGGGAAGUCCAACGGUCGCCACGGCUGCUUCGGCCGUAUAUGGCACGACUCCGUGCAGACGACAGUGGUGGGCCGUGCGGAGCCCCACAACCUGCAGCUGCUGCACCCUGAGCAGGACAGGGUGCUGACUGUGCGCGAGAACGCGCGCUGCCAGGGCUUCCCUGAUUACUACGUGCUGGUGGGGCUGGAGGAGGGCGGUGGCCAUGGGGUGUCCACCAGCAGCCUGCAGCAGAGGUACCUGCAGAUGGGCAACGCCGUGGCGCCGCCCGUCGCGGCCGCGCUCGGCCGCUGCCUGCUGCUCGCGGCGGCCGGCGCGGCGCCCGCGGGGGCGGCGGUUGUGGCGGUCGCUGACGAGGACUACGAGGCCGUGGUGGCCUCCUGCAGCGCCAAAGGAAUCGGCGCCUUUGUGGACGACUACGGUCCCCCAGAGGUGCGGAGUUGA